AUCCCACACGUGCACCGCCAUCUGCCUAUCUCCCGAACAACUACUACACCAUCCCACACCUCGACGCUCCAAUAAUAAUCCUCAACUACACAUCAUGUCGGGUCUAGAAAAUGCCCUCUUCAACCUCAAGUUCACCGCCAAGUCGCUGAACAGGCAGGCGCUCAAGGCCGGCAAGGAAGAACAAGCCGAGAAGACGAAGCUAGAAAAGGCUAUGAAGCAAGGCCACAACGACAUCGCCCGCAUCUACGCCGGAAACGCCAUCCGGAAGCAAAACGAAAAGCUAAACCUCCUCCAACUCGCCUCACGCGUCGACGCCAUUGCCGGCCGCGUACAAACCGCCGUCACGAUGCGCCAGAUCACGGGCAACAUGAUGAAAGUGAAUCGCAGUUUGGACGUGGCUAUGAAGUCUAUGAGUCCUGAGCGGAUUGCAUCCGUAAUGGUAGAUUUCGAGAAACAAUUCGAAAACGUAGACUCGGCAACGGAAUUAUACCAGGACAUUACCUCCUCUGCCACGGCUGUUGGUACCCCCCAGGAAGACGUGGAUCGCUUGAUGGCGCAGGCGGCGGAUAAGGCGGGCGUAGAUUUGCAGCAGGAUCUUCAGGCUGCUACACCGGCGAAGACAAAGGUUGGGCCGACGGAGCAAGAGGAGGAGGCGUUUACGGAGAGGUUGCGGGCGCUGAGGAAUUGAGAUAUUUGAGAGGUGGUUUGAUCGGAUGAGAGAGAGAGAGAGAGAGAGAGGCUGGGUGUUUUGGCGUUGAGGUGUUUUGACUUCUUCAAUGGGGGAUAUUUAUGCUGGGGGAAGGAUGCAGAGGAUGCUUGUUAUCUGCUCUGUUGGGUUGGUUGAAUGAAUCGAUAUCUAUCACGUUAUGACUGCUCGUUCUUUGUUUCGUUCCAGAAGCGCGUUUUCUACUCCCUGUUUACGCUACCUUGAAGGAUUGUUCUAGUAAAAAUAGCAGCAUCAAUGUACUCAGUGUAUCGGC